AUGCGGUGCUGCUCUUGUACUCAAGUACUCAUUCUCAUAGUUGGAAUGAGUUCACCGGAUUUAUUGAUAAUGGUUCUUUUUUUUUCUUAUUUUUUAGGUGCUUUUUAUGGCUAUUAUUUAGGCCGCUGCCAGUUUAACUCUCCUGACAGCAAUGAUGUUGUGUUAGUGGAACAACUGUACUUCAAUAAGAUUUUACUUGGCCAAUAUAACAGCACUUUGGGAAAAGUGGUGGCGUUCGUUGAGAAAGCCGAAGCUUAUGCAGAUAUGCUCAACAAGAUGUCAAGAUUCCAGGCACAUCAAAUAUGGAAAAUAAACCGCUGCAAAACAGGUGCACAACUGGCAAAUGAAAAUCUACCAGCUGCAGUGGAGCCCUACGUUUGGUUGAGGUUAGUGAAGGCAGAGAACAGUCAACAUCAGCAGAAGCUCGUCUGCAGCACUUACGACUUCUAUCCAAAGAAAAUCAGAGUGACAUGGCUGAGAGACGGAAAGGAGGUCACAUCGGGUGUGACAUCCACUGACGAGCUGCCCAAUGGGCACUGGCUUUAUCAGAUCCACAGCUACCUGGAGUUCACACCUAAACCUGGAGAGAAGAUCACCUGCAUGGUGGAGCAUGAAAGCCUCAAGGAACCAAAACUUUAUGACUGGGAGCCUGAACCGGGUUCAGGAAAAAACAUGCUGGUUGUUGGUUCAGCUGGGCUGCUGUUGGGUUCAUUGUUUUCAGUCAUGGGGUUCAUCUUCUUCAAGAAGAAAUCAAUUGCAGACCGGGUGAGAGUGCCAACAACUGAGAUUCUGCAGGAGAUUCCCGGAAACAACCCUUAAGUUUAAGUUUAGCUGUCUCAGGAUCAGUGGCAAAAGGUGCUGAGUUUGAUUGCAGCUUCUUCCUCCACAAAACACUCGACAAGGAACCAACCUUGACCAGUGUUACUCCAAAUACAGACCUUAAAGCACAUUGUGUUAACAUUGGUUAAAAAAAAUACUUCAGCUUAAUGCUUUGUUUGGCAUUUUUACAGGACACACUGAUUUUAAAGUUGUGCAAAACAUCCAAAAAGGUAGUGAAAUAUCCCUUUUUUCUUUUGAUUGAUUAUACAACAAUCCAAAUUAUUGAUGGGUAACAUUUUAAAAUUAAUCUGUGAUGUCACAAAGCAUAUUUAAAGGAUGUCAUUUUAUUAAAAAUCAAUGUGAA